UACGCGGAAAACAACAAACGUGUUGUAGUUUACGAUAGGGGGCGGUAGUGCGCUGUAAUUCAUUCUCACUCACAGGAGCAAAAGCAAAGGACAGGAGGAGAAGAAAACACAAUGCUAAACAAAACAAAAAAUUAAAAUGGGCUCGGACGAUGGAGUCUUUAAAUGGACUGAUGCCAACACGGCAGAUCUGAUUGUAUGGAGAGUCAGUAACAACAGUCUGUUUACAAGCAGGAGAAAUGUAGCCAUUAAAUCCUUUGAGCUGUAUGUGAAGGAGAAACAGCUGGUGGGCAAAGUGACGCCUGCAUGGGUUCGAAAGAAGUGGGAGAAUCUAAAACAGAAGUAUAAGGACCUCAAAAGCCUCAGUAUGGUUGGGGGAAACCAAUCAAUUGCAACCUGGAAGUGGUAUGCAAUCAUGGAUGGAGCACUGAGUAGCGAGACCCCCCUCAACCAUUUCAUCACGCAUCAAGUGUCCUCAUCUGCUCAGGAUGCUCCACCCAUCAAGCAGAGAAAGGAAGAGGACUGGUUGACAGCUGUGCGGGAGAUGGAAAAGAGACUGGAGGAACGAGAGAGGCAGGCUUCAGAGAGAGAGGAUGAGAGAGAUAGACGAGCUGCGGCAAGAGAAGACGAGCGAGACAGACGGGCUGCAGAGAGGGAUGCUGAAAGAGAUCGAAGUGCAGCAGAGAGAGAAGAAGUGAAAGAGAGACAGACACUGGAGAGGGAGGAGAGGAGGGAACGAGAAAUGUUUGCGAGACAGGAACGGUGGGAGAAGGACAUGCUGGCUAGAGAAGAAAGGCAGGAAAGGGACUACAGAGAACGAGAGGAGAGGAGAGAAAGAGAAGCUGCUGCUAGAGAAGAAAGGCUUUUUAAGCUCCUCGAGACAUUUAUGGCAAAUAAGUAA